AUGAUGGCGACGAAUGGAGAUUUGAACAACACUGCGGCUGCACGAGCUCUUGCUGAAGUCAGGAAUGACUCGGCAUAUCGCGAUGUUUCGUUUGCAAUUCCUGCUGCCGAAGACGAUGCGCUUGUGAGACAAAAGUACCGCCCGUUCCUACUCGAUAGUGCACAGUCGGAGCAGGAUUGGAUUGCACAGCUUGAGCUGAACACGGCGUUGGAGAUGGUGGACUCCCAAAUAUUGAGGAGCGGUGGUGAGAGAUUGAGGGUUCUCGUCUUGCACGGCAGUAUGCGGAAAAGAUCCUAUUCACGACUAUUAGCAUUCGAGGCCAGCCGAAUACUCUUCCGGCUCGGCUGCGAUGUCCGCAUGUACGAUCCCAGCGGUCUACCCGUAAAAGACGACGAACAACACUCGCACCCGAAAGUGCAGGAGCUGCGGGAUCUGAGCAAGUGGAGUGAUGGGCAUGUAUGGAUAAGUCCAGAGCAGCAUGGAAACCUUACCGCAGUGUUCAAAAACCAGAUCGACUGGAUACCUCUCUCAACCGGGUCCGUUCGUCCAACACAAGGACGCACCCUAGCGAUCGCGCAAGUUAGCGGCGGCUCUCAAUCGUUUAAUACGGUGAACUCGUUGCGUAUUCUUGGACGGUGGAUGCGCAUGUUCGCUAUUCCCAAUCAAAGCUCGAUUCCAAUGGCCUAUAAACAGUUCACCGAAGAGGAUGCAGGUGAAGGAGGGAGUCGGCUGAUGCCGAGCGGAAACAGAGACAGGCUUGUUGAUUGUAUGGAGGAGUUUGUCAAGUAUACGAUGGUGAUGCGCCCACAUUUUGAUCUCUUUGGUGAUCGGUAUAGCGAGAGAGAGGAGAAGAGGAUCAAAGAGGAGAAAGCGUUACUUUCAGAGACGAAGAAUAUGUCUAUCUCAAACGGUAUGUGA